AUGGUGGGAAUUGCUUCGGACACUCUCCGGUUUGGGCGACGGGUAGCCCAUGCCAGUCAAGACUAUGAGAUGACAUUACGCAGCCGCAACGCAAGGUUGGGGGAACCCCAUGGGACUCCAGCACUGGUCGGCGACACUUCGGCGAAAAGCACCCUCCACCUGGCGCUCAGGGACACCCGCAAUGGAACCACAAUCGGGUCAGCGAUUGGAUCUGUGGAAACCGAAUCCCGCAUUUCCCAACAUGGGCAGAGCAACAGUGGACAGUAG